AAAAUAAUUAAAAACACUUCACAUUUCAACACUUAACCACUUAGUGUAACAUAAAGUACUAUAUUAUACAAAAUGAUAUUUCAAAUGACAAUCUUUUGGUUUCUAAUAUUUUGUUGUGGUUUAUGUGAUGCCUGUCCUGACCCGGAGCUGUUAUCUCCCUGUACUUGUGAACAACUGGAUGUGACAGUAAUUAUGUGCGGAGGACAUCAACCAAUUGAUUUAUUAUCAAUAUUUAAGCGGUUAGGCGACAGUUUAGCCCAUCAUAUGCGCCACUUUGGUAUUUUCUACCUGAGCAAUACUGCCAUCAAAUGGUUGCCAGCAUUUGUAUUUCAAAAUCUAACUUUCCGUCACAUGUAUUUUGUAGGCGCCUUUCAAUUGCAAUAUAUAGAUCCCAAUGCCUUUAUUGGCACUCAUUUACACAUUGAAUACGUGAGCGCUUGGAAUACAGAUUUGAAUUAUUAUAUGAUUGCCAAUGAAAACGAUGCUUUCAGUCGACUAAUUAAUUUGAAAUACUUAGAUAUUGUCGACAAUAUGUAUUGUCCGGAUCAACAUAUAAUAGAUCCCUGUUAUUGUAAAGUUCAUCGACGAGCUAUUGGAUCACAUUUCCUGGCGAUGAGAGACUCAUAUUCAAUACAUUGCGAUAAUAAUAAACCCUAUUUUGUUAAACAAAUAUUUCAGAGGAUUACAACUCAAGAACCCAUAUGUGGCCGACAUUUUGAUAAUUUAUUUCUUGAUAAUCACUUGUGGACUAAUUAUACUGAUAUACCUGAAGAUGCCUUUUCUGGCAUCACUUUUUCAAACAUAUAUCUUCAAGCGUGUAAUGAAUGUAAUAAAUAUAAGCUAACAAUACAUCCAAAAGCUUUCGGGAAAACUCGUCUUUUUGUGCAAUCAUUGGUUUUCUCGACUAAUAUCGACUCAAAAACUACUGCAUUUCGCGAUACAUUUGUUGCCGUUAAUAGUCUGGUAAACGCCAGACAUAUAGCCAUUAACGCUGGAUUUGACACUUUAAGCGCACAUACAUUUCGACCGGUUGUGUCAUCAGGUCCGGGACAGACCAAACUUAAAGCCAUAACAAUAAGAGGACAAACAUUAAAACGUAUUGAAAGUUAUGCCUUUUACUCGCUAACAAACCUCGACUUCAUUGACUUAUCUAUUAAUAAGAUUGAAGUGAUUGAGAGACACGCUUUUGCCUUCAGACAGAUGAAUCUUAAACCACUAAUAAUUGAUUUGAGAUCUAAUAAUAUGAACAGUAAUUCUCUCGAAAGGGAAGCUUUUAGUCAUAUUUUAAGACCGGUUGAGUUGUUAUUAUUUUCUAACCGAAGCCAAUGUUCACAAAAAUUUCAAUAUCUCGAUGAAGAUAUAUUUGCGCCAUUCUUGGCGUGUAAUACUCGAAAUAUUGUUCAUUUAGGUCCCUGUCCUCUCAUUUGUGAUUGCAAUAUGAAAUGGUUGGUCGACGCACCCCCUCAUUGGAAACUCCAAAUCAGAGGCGGUAUUGAAAAUAGUGCCGCAAUUCUUGAGUGUAUUGACGGCAGUCUACUAUUCUCUAAAAAGAGUCAACAUUUUGGUAAUUGUGUUGCAGAUUGUGAUAAAUCUGAAACAAUAACUAAUAGACCCAUUCAUUCAAAAACAAUCUGUAAUCGCAAAUAUACUUUGACUUCAAAUAUAAUUUAA